AUGGUUACUGGAAAUAAAAAUAUAGCGGCCUUUGGCUCAAGCGUGAAAAGAUUUGGAAAAAUUACUGUACAUCCCAGUUUAGAUCCUAGUGGAUUAUAUACGGAACGUCCAGAUGGUUGUGAUCCUUGUCUAUAUCAUCCUCAGUCAAUUAAAGAAAUUUUUCGUGUAAAUCGACAUAGAAAAGUCGAUAAAGAUCCUUGGAGAUACAAUACUGAACUCGAAGAUUGGGCAAGGAAUUUGGGAUAUAGGAAUCAAAAAAUCUUAAAUCAAAGAAGGUGGCAAAACUCUUUGCUGGGCCCCGCUUGGCAUGAAAUCAAAGAACCACCCAAAUACAAAGCUGCCUGUAUGAAUGUUGGUUUUGGAAGAAUGCGCAGGUGGAAACCUCUUAAAAGUAGUACUCCCUGCCCAGGGACGUAUUAUACAGCUGUACCUAUUAAAGCACCAUACGGUCCACAUUCUGAAAGACCCACAUUUGAGAGAGAAGAACCAUGUCGUUUCAAAGACACAUCUCCAAAAUGGUCUCUGGCUCCAAAUAGGUAUGUGAUAGUUGACAAGGAAUCUAUUGAACAAAAAUCCAAGAAAAUUGUGUCCUUAAGGGGUCCGUAUGAUUUAUUUACUGGAUUGCGCGAUGGGAGCACAAUAAAGAAUCACUUCAACACAUCGUUGCGGUGCGCAGCGGCCACAUGGCCAAUAGCUCUUAAAGGAUGCUUGGAGACGUAUAAAAAAUCACAUUUUGGUACAAUGAAUAAGACCAACCGUAGUAUGCCAUACAGAGGAAGAAAUGCAUUAGUAGAUAUAACAAUGUGCCUAAAGAGACCAGACGAGCCUGGACCAGCUCACCUAAACAUAGAUAAACCUAAACAUUUUAAACAAAAUAAAAAGGGCUUCAACAGCAGCUACGACAAGCCGCCAGGAUACAAACGCGUGGUGGUUUGGCCGGGCGUCGGCCGAUAUAACACCGAAGGUGACAGGUGCGUUCCGGGUCACGGCCAUAAACACGUGUUUACAAGCAAAGAACAAAGAACGAUAGGCGCAAUUUUACCACAACCAAUGAAUUCUUUUUAA